AUGCUGGACCACCUCAGGGGAGUGGUGUGUAGAGUCGAGUGCAGGGUACAUCUCAGUUUGUGGGAGCCUCAUCCAGUAGUGGGGCCUAGACUAGUGCGGCUAGCAGGGGAGGAAAUCAAUAAAGAGGACAUGGUGGACGUUCCAGAGCAACCGACUAGCUUAUGUGAGACUCGCGGCCCUGCGUCAGGAGCUUGCUAUUUCUGUACCCAUGGGAGAUUUUUUAUGGUUGGUACGGUGUAUAGAGAUAGUUUGGUUUUAGUAGGGGAUGUAUUCUUGGAGGCAGACUUAAUCCCUUUGGAUAUCAUGGAUUUAGAUGUUAUUCUGGGUAUGGAUUGGUUAACCAAGCAUCAUUCGUCGGUUGACUAUUUCAGGAAGGAGGUUGUGUUUAGUCGUCCCAGUCGACCUAAGGUGACUUUCUAUGGGGAGCAUAGAGUUCUUCCAUCUUGCCUCAUUUCAACCAUGAUGGUGAGACGGUUACUUAGGAAGGGAUCAUCAGGAUACUUGGCUCAUGUAAUUGAUACACGGGAUAAUGGAUUGCAGUUGGAAGAAAUUCUAAUGGCACGGGAGUUCCCAGAUGCGCCGUAUAGGAUCACACCAGCUGAACUGAGAGAAUUGAAAACUCAGUUGCAGGAGUUGUUGAACAAGGUUGCUAAGGUGUUUUCUAAGAUUGAUUUGAGAUCAGGCUAUCAUCAAUUGCGGAUCAAGGAAGAAGAUGUACCUAAGACUGCUUUCUGGAUGAGGUAUGGCCAUUAUGAGCUUUUGGUGAUGCCUUUCAGGCUGACUAAUGCGCCAGUAGUGUUUAUGGAUCUCAUGAACAGAGUGUUCCGAUGUUACCUAGAUCGCUUUGUGAUUGUAUUCAUAGAUGACAUUCUCGUGUAUUUUAAAAGUGAAAAGGCGCACAAGAAGAACUUGGAAAUUGUGUUGAGAACUUUAAGGAGGAGGCAGUUGUAUGCAAAGUUCAGCAAAUGUCAGUUCUGGGUGGACAGAGUGAGUUUCUUGGGGCACGUGAUUUCUGCAAAAGCUGGGUACUAUCGUCACUUUGUGGAGGGUUUCUCUACUAUAGAGACACCUCUCACUCGUUUGACAAGGAAAAAAGUUAAGUUUGAACAGAUGGAUGAGUGUGAAGAGAGCUUCAAUGAACUCAAAACCAGUGGUGUUCACCUUAAAGAUUUGGCGACAUUAUCUUUAUGGGGAAACGUGCCAAAUUUUUACGGAUCAAAAGAGUUUAAAGUAUUUGUUCACCAGAAGGAAUUGAACUUGAGACAAAGGAGGUGGUUAGAAUUGAUAAAGGACUAUGACUGCACCAUUGAAAAUCAUCCUUGGAGAGUUAAUGUUGUGGUUGAUGCUCUUAGCAAGAAGUCGUCCGGACAUUUGGCUCAUCUCUGGGGGAAGUAUCUUCCAUUUUUGGUGGAGUUGAGGAAGUCGAGAGUUGGGUUAAGUUUGGAUGAUCAGGGAGCUUUACUUGCUACUCUCUACGUAAGACCAGUGUUGGUUGAAUGA